AACGGCGCCGGGGGAACUCUGUUUGAAACCGAAGGGCACUCAAUAAUUGCAAUUUUCCCGCACAAAAGUUUGCACUGAGAAACUCCACACAUUGAGGAGAAGAAGAAGAAGAAGAUAGCAGCAAUGGACCCUUCCAACAACACUGAAACUGAAGAAGAAACCAUUGCCUUCAAGAGGAAACGUGCACGCCGCGUCAGCUUCGCCGACAAUGAAAUCACCUCCGUCCACAUCUUUCGCCCCGACGACGACCACUCCUCCUCCUCCUCUUCCGACAUCCGCGUCGAACCAUUAGGCCUCUUCCGCGAACUUGGCGGAGACAGCGACGACGAAGACGUCGUCCGCCAUAGAAACCCUAUCGACGACGCCGCUGAACCGGUCGAUCACAGGAACUCCUUCCUUCAACCAAUCGGCUCCCCCUCUCCCGGCGGCAGCACUACCACCGCCGGCGACGAUGACACUGAUGAUGAUGAUUUUCGCGGUCCUGUGUCUACUGAUUUCAUCCGACCGGAACGUUUAUCGGACUCCGGUGUCUCAGACGACAUUACGAUGGACUCAACAGCCUUCUCAAUGCAUUACCGGAGUAUCGCCCGUUCGGAAUCAGGUGAUCUCAAGACACCGACUAGGUUUGACGCUACGAUGACAACAGUCGGUCAAAGCAGUGGCACUCCGGGGAGUUACAUGGAACUCACUAAACGUGAAAAGAAGGUGCUUCAAACGCCGGAUUUGGUGGCGAGCAGUGGCGGGGACUCUGAUGACAUGAGCAUCGAGGGGGAACAACGGAAAACCUAUGAUUAUGGAAGACUCUCUCCUAGUUUAGUUGCAAUAUUGGCACAGGGAAGCAGUGAUUUGCAUAGUGUUUCACCAUUAGGUUCAACGGCUAAACAUUCACCAAUUACAAAUCAUAUGGAGGUUUUACCCAAUAAUAAUACUACAGUUGCGUCUGCUUCCGAGUCUUCAACCAAGAACACUAAGGAGUUUGUUAAUGAUGCAACUCUGGUAGCUUGUAAACAGUUGGAUUUUGCUAAGGCUUAUAGAGGAACCCCGCCAAAGAUGAAUGAAGGUGAUAAGUUAGAAUUGGCUGCUAAGUAUGAACUUGGUUUCUGCGAAGGCCCCAUUAAUGAGAGCAAUUCUAAUGACAGAGGACAAGUGUCUGGCUCUAAUCUUAGGUCUGAUCAAGUAACUAGAAAUCAUCCAGUACAUGCACCACUGUCACUAUCUGCAACAAAACUAGUAAUUACGGGUUCUCCCGAUUCAUUCAGAGGUACUGGAAAUAUAACUCCCUCCUUAAAGCAAUUUGGUUUGCUUGUGCCGGAGGUACAUGUUGCAAAUAGUGCAACUUUGUCAUCCUUACGGAAAAGCAUUUCAAAGCUGAGAACUCUUGAAAAUACUCCCAACACUUGUACUCUCAUAGAAGGAAGUGAGAAAUUGAAACGUAGGUUAUCAAAAUACGCCCCAGGGACUUCUUUUUUUAGUGAAAAAGAUUUUCAAUGCAAGCAAGUUGAAACUGUUACUGUUCCUUUGGAGGACCAGCCGACUAGUUUAACUCUAGAAAAUAAAAUUCAUAGAAGUUUGAUCAACACCGAUGACCAUGUAGUUGAUUCUUUAAUAAAGAUUAGCAAGUUAAGCCAAAAUGAAGAGAUUGUGGCCACCAAAAGGGAUGAAGAUAAUGUUUGUUUGAUUACGGCCGAUGUUUCCCACAAUGAUGAAAAUCUUAAGCCUGUGGAUAUUGGCACUUCUACUUCUCCCUUGCUAAAGACUCAUAUAACAAGAGUGGCAGAUUUUGACCUGGCGGAUAGCACAGUUGAGAAAAGAAACGGCGAAAUUCUAACCGCUACGCAUGGCAAACCUUUUUCUUCCCCUGUAAAAUCAUUUGACCAUCAUUUAUCACCAUCUGUAGAAUGUCAAAGUAAUUGCCGUGGUGAGUUGAAGCAGCUAGAUCUGCAUAAUGGAGCUGUUAAUAGUGCUUUAGGACAAGCCAUUGAAUACGACAAACCCACAGUAGCUAAAAAAUUGGAUUUGUAUGAUGUUGAAAGCAGUGAACAACCCAGCUCACCUUCUGAGGAUGCACAGGUCAGCAAAUUUACCAAGAGUGCAUUGAAGGGAAAACCGGCCGGGAGUCCUUCUAAUAGAUUUCUCGUUCUGAGCAGUCCUACUCAAGAAGUAACAAAUGUGUUGCCCUCUCCGCAAGAGCCUCCCAGUGAGUUGUUCCACAGUAAUAUCCGAGACUUGUCUCACAGGAUUAAUUCUGAUGGUCACGGUGUUGAUCUUGAUAACGAUGACCAUCCGGUACUCCAAGUAGCUCAGAGCCCUCUUACCAAAACUGGUAUCGAGGUUUCUUCUGGGAAGAAAAGGAACUUGUCUCACAGGAUUAAUUCUGAUGGUCACGGUGUUGAUCUUGAUAACGAUGACCAUCCGGUACUCCAAGUAGCUCAGAGCCCUCUUACCAAAACUGGUAUCGAGGUUUCUUCUGGGAAGAAAAGGAAAAGUGUUGAGAUACUAAGUGAUGGAAACAAUAUAGAUAAGACAGGGAGGAUUGACAGAAGUCCAGAGGCUCAUAAAAGUGGGAAUGGAGAGCUGCAGUUUGUUUUGGAACAAACGGGUUAUAUGAGAAGUGAAAGAGAAAAUUUUGGAGAUCAGAAGUGUAAUGAUUGGGAUCAUAUUCUAAAAAGAUUCUCAGCCAGCACAAGACAGUUGCUUUCUCCAUCAUUUGAUAAGCUAAAUUUGAAUUUGAUUGGCAGGCUGGAAGAUAUUUUGGUUCGUCUGCAGAAAGUUAACAAAUGGGAUGUUCUUUCGUCUGAAAUUCAUUCUCAGAAGAAAUUACCCGAUCCUCUAAAUAUUCCCAAACACAAAAGGGCUGUGGAAAUGAGAAUGUUGCUGUUUAAUAUAGCAUAUGAGAGGGCCAAGCUACAAUUAAUGAAUGUUAAGCGUGAGAGAUUACUGAAAAAAGUACAACAGUUGAGUUCUGGACUUCAAGAGACUCAGAUGAUGAAAAAUUUCAUGCCAUGUUCAGCGAAGAGUGGACCUGUUGACAUUCAAGCUGAUGAUAGUCAUAGCAAUACAAGAUUUUUAAAUUCCCAAGGAGAAUGUCAGGUUUCUUGCAAUAAAGUAAUGGAAAUGAGGCAGGAGCUUGAAAGUUUGGAUCAGAAAGCAAAAUCUUUAAGUGAAUUCUUUUACAAUUACUACAAGAUGGAAGGGGAUCAAAGCUGUACCAACAUCGUAAAAUCUGUUCCUGAUUAUUUGGAAAAGAGGAUGUCUUACAAGUUGGUAUUCCAGAAUUUGAAGUUGUGGGAUAUUGAAGAUUUUGAGCGUAAGGAUGAUUAUCACAUAAUUAUUCUCAACUAUUGCGGAUAUAUCAUCCAAAGGUUCACAGUAAAUGCUGGUCUAUCAAGCAUUACAUUAUCAACUAGCUUGAAUGACGUGAAUAUUGGAAAGACCUAUCCGAAUAUGGAUGCUUUCUCUGCGUUUGUGUUUGCCUUAACUCAACAUACCACUAGCAAAUGCGCAGGUCGAAUCAGUAUGGCACAUGAAACACAGAUAACAGGUUCAAUUCUAUGUAAUUUGCUAGAUGUGGUUGAGGAGGUUCAGUUAGCUCGGAUAGAGAUUAGAAAUUUGGUCCAAGCUAAGUUCAAUUCUCAUUCAGUUCAUCAACUUGAUUUGCAGCUAUAUUUCAUUGACUUCUGUAGUGGGAAGAAGGUGCAAGUGACUCUCGAUAUGACAUGCCUAAAAUGUGGGGCCUAUCCCGCAGAGAUCCUUCCAUCUCAAAUAUAUGAUCCUGUUGCUUGUGGGGAACAAAAGGCUCUUCCUUCGCUUGUAGAUCAAAUAAGAACUGCAGCUGAGAGUGUGACAGUGGGCUAUUCAAGAAUUAUUAGGCUUUGUAGGUGUAUCUCCCAGGCAGUUCAGGCUUGCACUCAAGGCAGAUGAUACUUUCCAAUCCCCUUCAUUCGUUGUCAAUUUUGGGUGGAUUAUUCAUUAAAGCUUUAUCUUGUAUAUUCAGAUCCUAUUGUUGCUAUAACUGGACGAGUAGUUCUCAUGCAGCAUUAAAUCAUUCACUAAUUUCCCAAUGAUAAGUGCUGCCAUAGGAAGUCAGUUUUUUUAGAUCUGAAGUUUUUUGUGACCUUAUGCAAGCUUUUCAAUCUAUAAUGACAGAAGUACCUUGUUGAUGUAUUAUUCCAGCAUAAUAUUUUGGUGCGUAAAUACCUAAUUUGGGCCCUUAA